ACGGAACCCUGCGAGUAGUGAUGAAGCCGCUGGUGAAGUUCUCUCCUCUCAUCGGGGGGAUCACCGUCUUCUUCCUCAACAGGCCGGAGAUAGAUUUCAACCUGACCAACCUGGCCGACGUGUUUGACUUCCCUGGACUCAGCUCCCUACUGAAAGGAAUAGUAGCUGACCAGGUGUCUAACUUCAUGGUGCUGCCCAACCGCUACCCGAUGCCGCUCAUACCAGACCUGGAGGUGGCUAAGCUCAAGUACCCCAUGCCUGUGGGAGUCCUGCGGAUACACCUGAAGGAAGCGAAGGAGCUGAUGAGAGCUGACGUGGGCUUCAUGAAGAAGGGCAAGUCUGACCCCUACUGCACCCUGCAAGUUGGAGCCCAGAGCUUUAGGAGCAAGACAAUAGAGAACAGCCUAGAGCCAAGAUGGAACGAGUACUAUGAGGCAGUAGUAGACCAGCUGGAGGGACAGACCAUGCAGGUGAACAUGUUUGAUGAGGAUCCGGGCAGCAAGGACGACCCACUGGGGAAUGCUGCAGUCAGCAUUUCAGAAGUGGUGAAGAUGGGGUUCAGUGAUAUGUGGUUGCCGUUGGAGGAUGCGACGACAGGUCAGGUGCACCUGCGGAUGUCGUGGCUCAGCCUGAGCUCACAGAUGGAGGCCCUGGAUAAGUAUAGAGCCCGUUGGCAAGACCGGCUGAAAGACCUGAAGCACGGGACCGUUAUGGAGGCCAUGUACAGCAAAACCUGCUACCUCACCGGGCACACGCUCCCCGAAUCACUCCGGGGAAGGGUCGACGAGAGUCUUGAUCAGAUGGAGAAAGUGAAACGGAUUGCCGACGCUGACGCGUUGUCUUCUGCUCUCCUGGUGGUCCGUGUGGAUUCAGCCAAGAACUUGCCGAUGCCAGGUAUGCUUAAGAACACUCGACAAGGCCGCAGUAUCCCCAGAUGGACAGUGAAGAAGUCAGGGAGUGACCCCAACCCUUACGUGGAGCUGUCGGUGGCACAGAAACACUGGAAAACCAAGCCCCAGUACAACACCUAUGAGCCUGUGUGGGAAGAAGCCUUCAAUUUCCUGAUCCAGAACCCGUUACAUCAGGAGCUACUGGCAGAGGUGAAAGAUGAGAAGACCAAGAAGACGCUAGGUAAGAAGGUGAUCAGUGUGAAGAGCCUCCUCACGCUGGAUAGGAUGUCCACCAAGAGGCCCUUCCGACUGGACGGGACGAGUGCAGAACUCCACAUGGAGCUCAUCCUCAGGAUCCUCUCCUCUGAGGCUGAGGAAAGCGAUGACCUUGAUGAGAUCGAGCCGGUCAGCCCGACCGCAGCCGGCCCCUCCAUGCCGGCCGCACCGCCCACAGAACCGGCGCAACCGUCCCCCGCCUCCAGCACAGAGGACAGGCAAGCCAAUAACUCCAAUGGCAGUGUAGUUAGGCGGCGCAUCAACGCUAAUGCAGCUUCCUCUACCACCCCCACGAGGCCUAAGUCAGAACCUGCACAUGCAGUGGACGGUCCGAACCCGUACACUUGUCAGAUCCAGCUGAGUUUGCACCACAGCGCCGACACAGACAAGCUGCUGGUCACUGUGCAUAAGGCUACGAACCUGAUGCCGCUAGCGAACCAGAAGAUGUGCGACCCGUACGUGAGAAUCUACCUGCAGCCGGAUAAGAACCGGUCCGGCCGCAAGAAAACCUCCGUCGUCAAGGACAACAUCAACCCAGCCUGGGACGAGACGUUGGAGUUCCCCGUGACACUAGCGGAGGCCAAACAGAGAAGUCUUGACAUUGUCAUCAAGAACAAACGCUCGCUGUUCGAAACCAUCCGGGGAAACUCAUCCGGCAGCCUGGGCAGGAACAAACGGAUGUCCUGGUGCUGUGCCACGGAUAGCCGCCAGGGGGCUAAAAAUUUUGUCAUUUCGUCUGUACGUUAAAAACAAACUUCAUAC